AGAGCGGCGGGGGCGGCCAGGCUGCGGGACCGGGCGGCUACCGGGUGCACCGAGCCAGGGGCCGGAGCGGGCGCGCCGCCAACGCGGUCACGUGCGCGGCCCCUCCUCUCGCGCGCGCCUCCUCCGCGCGCCGCGCUCCCCAUUCAUAAAUUCCCCGCCGGCUCCGCGGCCGCCGAGCUCCAGAGCCAUCCGGGAGCGCCGUGCAUCCGCCGCCCGCCCGCCCGCCGCCCAUGGGCCGCACGCCCCGGCGCUGAGCCUCAAGAUGCAGCCCACGGCCGCCAUGGUUACUGAGGCCACCGCCGCCGCCACGGCUGCCCUGACCACUGCGUGGGACAAUACUACCAGCCGCCCCACGGCGGAGCCCGACCCCAUCUUGGACAACUAUGUGCUGCUGGUGGUGGUGAUGUCACUGUUCAUCGGGGGCACCCUGGUGGUUCUGUCUGGCGUCCUUCUGCUCUGCAAACGGUGCUGGGAGGUGCACCAGCGCUUCAACAGGGCCAUGGAGGAAGCCGAGAAGACCACCACCACCUACCUGGACAACGGCACCCACCCCAUACAAGACCCCGACUGCAGGGGGGAAGACCCCGAGAGCCAGGACACGGACACGGAGCGCUUCCUAGCCACCAGUUCCACCGGCCGCCGCGUGUCCUUCAAUGAGGCCGCCCUGUUUGAACAGAGCCGCAAGGCUCAGGACAAGGGCCGCCGGUACACGCUGACGGAGGGGGACUUCCAUCACCUAAAGAAUGCACGCCUCAGCCACCUCCACCUGCCGCCCCUCAAGAUCGCUACUAUCCAUGAGUGUGACCCAGGCGAGGCCAGCUCCGUGGCCUCACCCCACCCAGCUACCACCCCCAAAGACAGCUUGGCCAUUUUCCAGCCCCCCGGGAAGGCCCUCGCCGGCCGAUCAGUGGGCCCUAGCUCCGCCCUGCCAGGCGACCCCUACAACUCUGUGGACUUCUCGGAGAUCAGCCCAUCUGCCUCCAGCGACUCUGGGGAGGGCACCUCGUUAGAUGCAGGUGUCCGGGGUGCCAAGGCUGCCGGGCCUGAGGCAGGACCUGGGGAGACGGGCACAGGCUCUUCCGGGCCGGGCACUGUGCUACAGUUCUUCACACGGCUACGCCGCCACGCCAGCCUGGAUGGGGCCAGCCCCUACUUCAAAGUCAAGAAAUGGAAGCUGGAACCCAGUCAGAGAGCAUCCAGUCUGGACACAAGAGGUUCCCCUAAGCGGCACCACUUUCAGCGGCAGCGGGCAGCCAGCGAGAGCACGGAGCAAGAGGGGGACGCCCCCCAGGCCGACUUCAUUCAGUACAUUGCCAGCGCAGGCGACUCGGUGGCCUUCCCACCCCCCCGCCCCUUUCUGGCCAGCCCCAGCAGCCCGCCCCCCACUCUCGGCAGGCUAGAGGCAGCCGAGGCGGCGGGAGGAGCAAGCCCCGAGACUCCCCCGGAGCACAGCAUCAGUUUGGGGCCCGAGCAUGCGCAGCAGCAGGACCCGCAGCAAGAGCAGGACGUCGAGCAUGCACAGUGCAGCUACCGCGACCUGUGGAGCCUUCGUGCUUCGCUCGAGCUCCACGCGGCCACUGCAUCGGACCACAGCAGCAGCGGUAAUGACCGCGACUCCGUGCGCAGCGGCGACAGCUCCGGCUCAGGCUCCGGGGGCGGCGGCGUAGCACCCGCCUUCCCGCCCCCACCCGAGUCUCCUCCUGCCCUGCGGCAUAAGGACGGCGAGGCCCGCCGCCUGCUGCAGAUGGACAGUGGGUAUGCGAGCAUCGAGGGCCGCGGUGCGGGCGACGACGCCUCCGAACUGCCCGCUCCAGCCCGCAGCCCUCCCCGCAGCCCGCGAGCCUGGCCACGCAGGCCGCGCCGCGACUACAGCAUAGACGAGAAGACGGACGCGCUUUUCCACGAGUUCCUGCGCCAUGACCCGCAUUUCGACGACGCGCCACGCCACCGCGCACGUGCGCACCCUCACGCUCAUGCGCGGAAACAGUGGCAACAGAGAGGCCGGCAGCACAGCGAUCCCGGUGGCGCACGCGCGGCCACGCCCCCCGGGGCGGCCCGCCCCGUCCGGGCGCCCUUGCGCCGCGGCGACAGCGUAGAUUGUCCCCCCGAAGGCCGUGCACUGCCCACCACGGGCGAGGACCCGUCCAUUCCUGUCAUCGAGGAGGAGCCGGGCAGCGGAGGCGGUAGUUGCCCAGGCUCUGGGCUGUGCGUCGAGCCCGCCGGGGCGCUGCUGGACAAGCUGGCGGCCAGCCUCGACGAGAGACUCUUCCCGCCCCGUCUCGCUGAGCCCGUCGCCGCAUCCCCGGUGCUGAUUGUCGCUGCUGCUGCCCCCACGUCCCCCGACCACAGCCCGGCCUAAGCUCUGAACUCCACUCGCCCCUCGGCAGCUCCUCCGGAGGCACGUGGGGGCCGCGGGGAUGGCGGCGACAGCGGGAGACACCUGCGGUUGCCGUGCAUGCGCGCACAGCCCAGUCCCAACUGCACGUGGCAGUGUCCCAUCGGGCACUCUGCGGGUAGCAGUGGCCUCCCGAGGCCCCAGGACCCUGGCUCAGCUGCAGGGGGGAUGAAAGAGUUGGGACUCUCCAGUCCUCAGUUGACCGACCAUGGUACCCAGCCUCUGGCCACAGAAGCGGGCGGAACAGGUUGUUCUGAAGAGCAUGCGCAGCCUCCCUCCGGGACCAGCAGACCUCCAUUUGUGAGCACGUGCUGGUGGUGCCAUUGCCUGCCACACGCAUGCGUGAACCUACUGGCGGGGAAGGGACCUUGGGGCACUGAGGAUCAGAGAGAAGCUAGCUGUGCCAAACCCUGAAUCCGUUUACCUCGUGGUGUGCGCUCUGGCAGCAGCCGUACAGCACCGUACCCUCCCUCUCCGAGCAAUAAUCACCCUGCUCUCAGCAUGUGCACAGGCCCCGCCCCGCCCCACUGCUCCCCAAGCCUUGGGCUUUGAACACGCGGACAGAAUGGCCCAGGCGGCAGCUUCAAGUUUCCCAAGCUUUAUUUAUUGCCAAAAUAUAGGGCGGCCUCGCUGUGAGUGCCCGCCCACUCCCUGCCCUCUGUGGGUAGUUGUGUUGUCUGGUUGAUCAUAAAUGUCUCUGCAUA